AUGGCGUCGCACACAACGCACACGCUCCAGACGACCGCCGCCGCCCUUCGUUGGGCUGGUUCCUUUGUUGAUAUCUCACCUCUGGCCCUGCCGUCGCCCGAACACGAGCUCACGGAUCCGAUGCGAGGUGCGCUGACCGCCGUGCCGCGAUCGCAUCCCCCGCCAGACCAGCAUCUGCCCUCGUCGCCGUCGCUCUUCCACCAUCAGCGCCAUCCAUCGUUGCCCACGUCCCCCAGCGCGACGUCUGCGUCGGCCUCCUCGUCGUCGAACACACCAUCAGCCCCGUCAAGCCACAGCCAUCAUAGCAGCAGUAUCUACACGCCAGGCGGGUCGCGCGCACGGCUGUCGUCGUUCUGGGAAGACGUGCUGCCGCAGCAGAACCUGGACGACGUGCCAGAGGAUGCAGCGCCUGCGACAGACUACUUCUCGCCCUCGCAUCUUCAGCUAUCGCAGCCCCAGCCCCGUGCUCGACCUCGACUACUGUCUAAUUCGAAUUCUUCCAACAAUCCGACCCCGACAUCUUCCAGCGCAAACUCCGUCUCGUCUUCUACAUCGACACUGACCACCGCCACGCUCACGACAUCCCCCACGACUGCCGCUAUUCCCAUCCCCCUGCCAAACUUCCCUCUCCAAUCCCCCCUCCGCCGCCCCUCGCACUCCAUAUCCCUCUCCGACAAUCCCCUCCCCUCCGCCUCCCGCCGUGCUCACUUGAUGCGCCAGUCAUCUUCGCCACUCCCCCAGCCCGUUCAGCCGUCCCCCCAUCAUCUCAGUCUCAACCUCACUGGUGGUGAGCUGGGGGGUCACGGAUAUCCACUGCACCUGCAACAAAUCCUUGCUGACCAACGCACGCGCAACGACAACCCCAACCGCACUGUGCAGACGCAGAGUCCUGUGCCCUUCAAUGGUGAUGACGUCAAUGGGAACGACUCUGAUGUAGUAGAUGAGAACGAGUAUGCGUUAGAUACGGACAGCACUGAUACCGACUCGAAUGCUUCUGGGGAUGGGGAGCAUGCAAACGCAAGGGAGAUGGGGGUAUUUGGAUCAGAUAGUGCGAUAGCGUUUCCGGCUAUGACGAAGGCACGAUCGACAUCGACGCUGCUGCCUGCGUUGCCCGUUGCUGAACGCGACCGUGAGGAGGGAGGGAGUAAAGAAGUGAAGGGGAAAGAGACAUACAGAGAAGGUGGCGGAGACGGAGAGGGUCCAGAUAUGGAGAAGGACAAAGAGGGGGAGGGAGAAAAGGUAAAAGAGCAAGUGAACGGGAGCGUAGGUGAGGGUAGUGAUGAUAAUAUCGAGGGACAGCGUGAUGCAGAGAGUGGCGCAAAAGACGCAGAUGGUAGUACGAGUACAUUCGCUACCCCCCUUCCUACUGCCAAUCCUUCAGCUAACGUCCCCGCAAUCAACUCUACGACUACCCCAAUGAACAUUCUGAGUGUCCCAAACAUACACACGAUGAACAUCCCGACGGCCUCGCUCGCGUCUUACCUCUCGCUCGGCUACCUCCCUGCGCCCUCGCCGCCUGACGAGCUGGAGCGCAGAAGGGCAUUGUACAAAUUCAACAUACUACACACCCCACCCUCAUUCCCCUCCACCACCACCACCACCCCUUCCUCCGCCUCCGCCUCGACUUACACCGCUGCGCAUGCUGCGAACUACACGAACCCCGCGCACUCGUCUUCCCUGCCGAAUCCACCGUCGUCGUCCUCACUGCCCAAUUCUACUUCCAUCUCCAACGCCAUCGCCAACACGGAUGCCAGGAGCGUAGAUAGUACGAGUAGAACCUUGGAAGGAGGCAGAGAAGCAAUGAGGGAUAAUAGGGAUAAUAGGGAAAGGGAUGGCGGGAGAGUCGUCGAGAGGGACAGAAAUGGGGACAGGCUAGUCGACCGCAGCACGGAGCCCUUCUCGCGCAUCGCGCACCUCGCGAAGCUGGUCUUCGCGACGAAGGGCGUGGGCGUUGGGUGUAUAGAUGGCGGCGAGCAGUGA